AUGCGGUGGAUGGUAUUGUUUGUCUUGGUGUUUGCAUGCGCGGCCCCGAGUUACGCAGAGCCGAAAGAGUCUGAUACGGCCGGCGAGCUGCGGGUGUUGUGCAACAACGUGGGUAUCUUCCCGAAGUUCAUUUGGGAUCGGUACCCGGCGAAGAUUCGCGAGAAGAAGAAAGACAUCAUUAACGACGAAGAGAAGCGUGCCCGGCUGUUGGCAGAGUCGCUGCUUGCUUGCGAGGCCGACCCCGAUGUCGUGCUGCUGCAGGAAAUCUGGUCGCUGAAAGCUCGCGAUGUGCUGAUCGAAAAAUUGGCCGCGGAGUAUCCCUAUCACAAAUCGCCCGAGACGCUGGAUGCGGGCCCGCUGACCACAUUGCCGGCCGGUCUGAUGAUCUUCAGCAAAUACCCGCUCUCCGACUUCGGCUACAAAGAGUUCACCCGCGGGUUUGGCGUCGACAAGCUCUCCCGCAAGGGCAUCAUCGGGGCGAAACUGGAGAAGGACGGAAAGUCCGUGGCCGUGUUCACCACCCAUCUGCAAGCCGGCGGCAGGCGCGACCCCACGGUCAAGCCCGCCCAACUGAAAGAGUGCAACGAGUUCAUUCGUGAAUUGACUAAGGAUCUUGAUGAGCCGAUCAUCAUUCUCGCCGGAGACUUCAACAUCGACUCGACCAAACCCGGCGAGUACGACGAAAUCUUUGCCUUGCUCGAAGGAGCGAAAGAUACUUACCAGGCAGGCCAAAGCCCCCUGGAGGGCACGACUCGCAAUAAGAAGUAUCCCAAAAAGCGGAUCGACUUCCUACUAACCUUCGACGAAGCCACCGGCAUCUCAACGAUUAUCGACCCCGCAGGUGAAACCAUCUCCGACCACAUCGCCAUCUUCGGUACGGACAUGCUUGCCUGCGGUGUGAUCGAACCACUGGAAUUUUCUGCUUCUCGUGCGGACGUGCGUGCCACGAUUGGCGAGCCUGAGGGAGAUUCUGUUUCCGGAGACCACGUGAUCGAAAAACGUGGAGACAUCCAACUCGAGUUUCGAGCAGAUCGCCUUAUUCGACUGUAUUGGUACUUGGGUCACGAACCCGCAAGAAGAUACGCAAUUUCGGACAACACACUGACUUCUUCAACGGAGAUCUUUCAGUUUGUUCGUUAUUGCGAUGAGGUCGGAAUCUACGAAUGGACCAUUGAUGAGAAACUAACGUUCGACCGGCAGCUUACGAUAAAGACAUCCGACUGUGUGGUUGCGAUUUUCGACCUCGAUAGUCGUUCGCUUCAAAAGAUCAUUGUUACAGGUGAGAAGUACAGGCACGCCUAG